AUGGCGAGCCUGUUGACCUUGCAGUUCUUCUUUGUUCUUGAUCGAAAUCUAGAAGAUGUAGACUCGUUUUACAGCAAGAAACUGGCCGACGCUCUCAGACGUCUAAACCUCCUCCACGAGAGGUAUGGUAACGUGCCAGAAGUUGUAUCCACUCUAGAUGCCGAUGAAAUCGAAGAGUUGAUUGGUGCUCUCCUCGAACUGAGACACCAGUUACGCAACCUACAGUGGUUUGGCGAGAUCAACCGCAAGGGCUUUGUCAAGAUCACCAAGAAACUCGAUAAGAAAGUGCCACACAUUGCCACCCAGCACGGCUACAUCUCCACCAAAGUUGACCCCAAGCCGUUUGCCAGGGACAUGAAUGUCACCCGCCGCCUCGCCGAGGUGAACAAGUGGCUCUCCGUCCUUGGUGAUGCCCAAAACGUCGAUGAUUCCAGGUCCGAUAGGUCCGGCCGCUCGCUAGGGAGGACCUCGACCAAGGGUUCCCCCAGCCUGCCCCAGCCUCGCCUCGAUAUGCUAGAUCAAGCAGCCCGGGCCGACGAUGUCCGAUCCAUCACGGCCCGCUCCAAACAGUGCAUCGAGUAUCUCUUGGCCAACGUCAAGAGCCUAGACGAGCCCGAUGACAUCAAUGCCCGAAACUGCAUCCAUCGCCUUGUUAUGCAUAUUGGUAGGACAAAGUCGUCUGCCGCCAAGGACCAAAGCACAAACACGUAUCCUUUUCACUCUGGCACUCAAUUCAGUUCCCAAUAUCUCCAACCUGCUGCCUCGGCCGCCUCCUCUCCCAAAGCUCUCAACCAAAAUGAAACCGGUCUCCUUGGAAGGGAGGACGAAGCCGUUCAGCUCCUUAUCUUUCUCCUUGACAAGCUUUCUCCUGAACAGCGGGGCGCCCUAAAGAGCAAGGAUUCGUUUGGCCGCUUUCCCCUCCACUACGCGGCCCACUUUGGCUUCGUUGUUCUCUGCGAGAUCAUUAUGGCAAAGAUGACGGAGUGGGGCCAAUUCACCCUCGAGGACGACUUGGACUCUCCCGACUGGCAGGAUGUCGAUGGUCACGGCCCGGUUCAUCUUAGUGUCAUAGGAGGGCAUCCCAAGACGACCCAGGCUCUGCUCACCGCCAUGACUCGAAAGCAGCCGUCGGCAAAUGGUGCUGGCCACGCCGCCAUCCUGCCAGUCUCCAAGUCUGGCGCUAUCCUUGGGUUAGCGACAAAGGCCAACUUUGACGUGAUUGUCAAGAUGCUCGUCAACGCUGGCCUGGAUAUUAAUUGGCAGGAUAAGGCUGGGAGACCGCACUCCACAUCGCCGCGCGAUUUGGUCAUGUCGAAGAUCACGGAAUCCAACUACUCUUGGACACCGCUCCACGUUGCGGCCGUCGAUGGGCAACUCGAAAUCGUCAAGCUCCUGAUCGAUGCCGGUGCUAACCUUCUCAAGGUAGACGCAUCUGGGUGGAUGGCGAAGGAGCAUGCCGCGCUGCGCGGACACAUGGAGAUAGCGCGUCUUCUCAACUCGGAAACAAAGGACUCGCUCGUGGCGGAACUCAGACCCUCUCGAAGCCCCAGCCCCCGCCCCGAGACUCAUUCUAUCCAAGAGCGCCGGUCUAAUGGAGCUACGGCUUCGAAGCCUGUAGAGCUGAUCAAGUCGUUUGGCCAUCGGUACCUCAACAAUGAGAGCUUGAUCUUGGUCAGCCUCGGUUCUAUGGACAUGAGGAAGAGCGUGGAUGCCGUUAAGCUCGAAAAAGUGCCGCUCACCGAGGCCCAUCUGACGGGACUCGACACGGCGCUCUCUGUCGUCGUUUCGGCAAGCGGUGCGCAAGGAGAGCCCACCAUUAUUGACCUACCCGUCCACGAGAACAUUGCCACGGAGCCCGUUGUAUUUACCGCACACGAUGCGAGCGAGGUCAAGAUUCUUUUUGACAUUGUGCCGACGCCAGCCGUUGGUGCAAAGCGCAUGAGCCUUCAGGGGGAUGUUUGCAUCCCCAUCAUGGCCAGCAACCUCGAGGUGAUUGGAACUGUCAACUUCAACUUUCUCAUUGUCACGCCGUUUUCCCACCCCAAGAUGGAGAUUACGUCGAGGCAGACGUACUGGAAAAAGCUCGCCGACACCAUGGUUAUUGGCCACCGUGGACUAGGCAAGAACGUGUCGUCCACUAGGUCUCUUCAGCUGGGAGAAAACACGGUGCCCUCGUUUAUUGCCGCGGCCAACCUCGGAGCUCAAUACGUGGAGUUCGAUGUCCAGUUGACAAAGGACCACGUUCCGGUCAUCUAUCACGACUUCCUCGUCAGCGAGACCGGGAUUGACGCCCCCGUCCACACUUUGACCUUGGAACAAUUCCUGCACAUCAACCCCGACUCAACUCGGGCUCAGUACAAGGAGCGUUUAGGUGACCCCCGAGCGAGGCCUCGCAGCAACAGCCUGGACACGCGAAAAUCGCUCAAGUUGGCCGAGGAGGAGGUGAGAAAGCGCACCGAAAUGGAGGAGCGCAUGCGGCACACGCGAGAUUUCAAGAGCAAGGGCUACAAGGCCAACUCGCGAGGCAACUUCAUCCAGGCCCCGUUUGCCACCUUGGAAGACCUAUUUCGCAAAAUCCCCGAGAAUGUGGGCUUCAACAUUGAAAUGAAGUACCCCAUGCUGCACGAGAGUGAAGAGCACGAGAUGGACACGUACGCCGUGGAGCUCAACUCGUUUUGCGACACAGUCUUAUCCAAGGUGUACGACUUGGCCGGUGACCGCCACAUUAUCUUCUCCUCAUUUAAUCCCGACAUCUGCCUCUGCCUCAACUUCAAGCAGCCAUCGAUUCCCAUUAUGUUCCUGACAGAUGCGGGUACGAGCCCCGUAGGAGAUGUCAGGGCGUCGUCACUCCAGGAGGCCAUCCGGUUCGCGAGCCGAUGGAACUUGCUAGGAACCGUCAGCGCGGCGGAACCCUUUGUCAACAGCCCUAGGCUCGUGCGGGUGGUCAAGGAACGGGGUCUAGUGUGUGUCAGCUACGGCGUCUUAAACAAUGACCCCAUGAUGGUUCAGAGACAAGUCAAGGAAGGGAUUGAUGCCGUCAUCGUUGACAACGUACUCGCCAUCCGGAAGGGUCUGACGACCACUGACACCCAGGCGGCCGCCGCGCAGCAAGACCCUAUACUGGUUCUUCCUAACCUCGAGGCUCUUGGUGUGGUCGGAUGA